CCCUCCUGCAGCUCAGUUUCGUUUCCUUGGAGGCAUCGGGGCGAUAGCGCAGCAGUCGCGGCAGUUCCCGCGCGUCACGUCGGGUCCCCUCACGGAGCGCCAUGGCGGAACUGUGCCCCCUGGCCGAGGAGCUGUCAUGCUCCAUCUGCCUGGAGCCCUUCAAGGUGCCGGUCACCACGCCGUGCGGCCACAACUUCUGCGGGUUGUGCCUGGAUGAGACGUGGGCCGUCCAGGGCCCGCCGUACCUGUGCCCGCAGUGUCGCACGGGCUACGAGACGCGGCCGCAGCUGCGCAAGAACACCGUUUUGUGCGCGGUGGUGGAGCAGUUCCUGCAGGCCGAGCAAGCCCGGCCCGCGGUCCUCGACAGCGAUGGCUGGACGCCGCCCGCCCGCGCCGCCGCCUCCAGCCCGGCCGGCCAAGUGGCCUGUGACCACUGCCUACAGGCGACCGCCGUCAAGACUUGUCUCGUGUGCAUGGCCUCCUUCUGCCAGGAACACCUGAGGCCGCACCUCGACAGCCCCGCCUUCCGGGACCACCCGCUGCAGCCGCCAGUCCGAGACCUGAUGCGCCGCAAGUGCCCCCAGCACAACCGGCUUCGAGACUUCUUCUGCCCUGAGCACAGCGAGUGCAUCUGCCACGUCUGCCUGGUGGAGCACAAGACCUGCUCGCCUGCACCCCUGAGCCAGGCCAGCACCGACCUGGAGAACAAGCUGAGGCAUAAACUGACUAUCAUGUACAGUCAGAUCAACGGUGCAUCGAGAGCGCUGGAGGACGUGAGAGCUAAACAGCAGGAUGUGCGGGUGAGUGCGCACAGGAAGAUGGACCAGCUUAGACAAGAAUACAUGGAAAUGAAGGCUCACAUUGAUGCUUAUGAGGCCAACUCGACUCGAAAAAUAAAAGAAGAGGAGAAGAGGGUCAACAGCAAGUUUGACCACAUUUACCAGGUCCUCCUCAAGAAGAAGAGUGAGAUCCAGACCCUGAAGGAGGAGGUGGAACUUGCCCUGACUAAGGGGGACGAGUUUGAGUUUCUGGAGAAAGCAGCAAAACUACAAGGAAUCACCACGAAGCCUGUCUACGUCCCCAAGGUGGAGCUGAACCAUGAGCUGAUAAAGGGCGUCUGUCAGGGCACCUCCGACCUCAAAAAUGAGCUGAAGCGGUACCUCAGACAGUCCCAGGACAAGAAGCCCGAGGAGCCCACUGCCCCAGGGGACCCUGGAGGGUACAGCCUGCCGUCCAUGCCGAAGCCUGCACGACCUGGGAAGAAGGUUCUGAAAGAAGAAAAGAAAACCAAGAAACCUGCCACUGCCUCAUCCAGCAAGAUCAGCUUCGGCGCCCCGGAACACUUGGAUAUCAAAGAAACUGGCCAGGAGGGUGCAGCCAAAGUCCCCCUCGAGCCAUCGACCUCGGUGCCUCUCAGCGGGAAGGUGCUGGAAACCUUUCUCGCCAAGUCCAGGCCCGAGCUCCUGGAGUAUGCCGUUAAAGUCAUCCUGGACUACAACACCGCCCACAACAAGGUGGCCCUGUCCCAGAACUUCACCGUCGCUUCUGCGGCCGACACGUCCCAGGACUACCAGCCACAUCCCCAGAGGUUCACCUACUGCUCGCAGGUGUUGGGCCUGCACUGCUACAAGAAAGGGAUCCACUACUGGGAGGUGGAGCUGCAGAAGAACAACUUCUGCGGGGUAGGCGUCUGCUACGGCAGCAUGCCGCGCCACGGCCCCGAGAGCCGGCUUGGCCGCAACAGCGCCUCCUGGUGCGUGGAGUGGUUCAACACCAAGAUCUCGGCCUGGCACAACAACGUGGAGAAAACCCUGCCCUCCACCAAGUCCACGCGGGUGGGGGUGCUUCUCAACUGCGAUCACGGCUUUGUCAUCUUCUUCGCCGUGGCCGACAAGGUCCACUUGCUGUAUAAGUUCAAGGUGGCCUUUGCGGAGGCGUUGUACCCGGCCUUCUGGGUGUUCUCCGCAGGUGCCACACUCUCCAUCUGCUCCACCAGGUAGGCAGGCUGGGGACCCUUGGCUUGACUGCCUGGGCCGUGCUGGAGACCCUAAUGAAAUUGCUGCAGGUGGGACUCUCAGGGAGCUGCCCUGAGCGUCCCCAGGGGUUGCAAGGAUGGGAGGGGAGUGGGUGAGGGUGAGAGGGUGGGAAGACGGGGUAAGAGGAGGCUGUUGGCCAGGGCAAGGGGUGGGGUGAUUGUGAUGUGGGCAGGGAAGCCCUUCUGCUUCCUGGUGCCCUUCAGGGGAGGGACAGGAUGUCCCCCCUCCCCUGACUUGUUCUCUGGACAGCUGGGUGGGGCUUUGAGAAUAAAAUCAUUAGCACCCUUUUCCUCUUAGAGAUAAUCCAUAGCCACUCUGGGUUCUUCCUUAGGCUGCUGGUGUCUGCCUCUUUGCUCUCUGGAGGAGCCUUCAAAUCUUAGUGUUCGGAUGACUCUCUGUAGAGCUGUUCGACUCUCUAGAUUUAAAAAAAAAUAACUUCCAAAGUCACUGAGUUUCAAUAUGACUCGCCCUCCACUACCUACACGUGGAGGUUGGGGUGAAUGCUCAGACUUCUGGUUAUUGGCUGUGCCCGAGGGAAGUGACCCACAGGGGGUCUCCAGCCAGACCAGAGGAUUCCCAAAGAAGGAUGGCCUCUUUCUGCACUGGCACAUAGCCCUGUUUCCCUUCCUGUCCUGCACAUCUCAUCACCCCAUCCAUGGUGUUAAAAUGUGUAGGCAAAUAGGAACCUUUUCAGUGUCAGAUUUCAAACCCUGAUCUGAAUCAACCUGGGUUGAAUUUGCGAUUCAAGGUCAAGGUGACCCAGGUCCCACGUGGAUGGCAACACCCCUCCCCACUUGCGCCCCGUCAAACAUUACGAAAGGCAUCUUGGCCAAGAUGCCUUGGCUGCAGCCAUGGAGCCUUCUUCCCCUAGCCCAGGCUUUGGGACAAAGGACUCCGCUAGGCAAGAGGGACCCUCACGGGGUUCACAGUUGGUGGUCUUGCUCUCGUUAGCGUCUCUUGCCUUCUAACUCAUCACUGUCCUCAGUGAGAGCCUCCCCUCUCCUGGACUGUGAGAGUCUGGACUGGCUGGGAGAGCCACAUCCACUGUGGCCAGCACUGUUGAACAGUCAGCCUAGCCUGCUGUCACGCAGACAGGCCCUCUGUCUCGGGGACACACUAGGUCACCUGCUGGGGUGACUCCCUACGGCCAGAAGGGCCUUCCAGCGAAUCCAUGGGAAAUGGCACCAUGCCUCCCAACCCAGGCGGUCCUUGCAUGAGACAGAGGCCUGUCACCAGCCCUAGCCCCGUCCGUUCUCCUUGGCUGAGCCAAUUCCAGGUGUAGAUUGUCUUGACCUGGUGAAGAAUCAGGAAGACUUAGGGACUUAAGCUGUCAGGCUUAAGCACAGGGGCUAUUUUUCCUGCAGGGUUUCUGUGCAGUGAAAAGACCCCUGGUCCACUAAGGGCGGGAGUGAAUGGAUGCUGGGAUUUCCGCAGCUCUUUAUAUCCUGAUGUUUUCAGGACAUAAUUCUCAUCCCCAGAGUGGAAGAACUUUCACCCUUUGUGGUGAAAUGAGUCCUGCUCUGGCUUUUCCCCAAGAAGAGAGCCGAGGUCAGGCUUCUUGUGGAAAAAAGAGGGUCCCGCUGGGGCAGGGAGGACCCCAGACCUUUUCCUAGGGGUGUUUGAGAAGUUAGCGCAUCUCUGGCCUUGUGCCAGGCCUCCAGGACGCUCUGGUCAGAGGACUUGCUGUUCCUGACCAUUGUGUAGAUCUGUGUCACCCAGAAAUCAACUUUGUAGGGAAGACCUCCCAGCAAUGGCUGAAAUGUGGUUUCGAAACGUUUUCUUCCUUGCUCCUGGGAAGGAAAGUUCUUGGGUGAUUCUCCUCUGCUUUGGGAGAUGGUCAAAGGCAUCUUCGUUGACCUCCUGAAACCAAAGCCUGAUUCAAAGCCAGUUCACCCUCGGGAACCGGCUGGGUUGAGAGGGGGAGAACGCCGAAGGUUAAACCACGUGUCCUGCUCUGGCUCUUCUGCAGAAACAGGGCCGCAGAGAGGGCUUGUUCCCCGGCGAUCUGUGGGACAGCUCAGGAGAGGCAAGCCCGAGCCCCUCUGUUGAAGAGAGGCAAGCAGGUAGCCCAGGCUGAGCACUGUGCAGGUGCUUUGGAGCCAGGAACUGAGGGGCACAGCCUCACUGUCUCUAAACCAUUCUACUUAAGGUCCUCUCCCUGGCCUGGCGGGGCUGCCGCCUGGCACUAGAUCCUAGAGCUGGAGAGACUUUGUAUUCAUCUGACUUCCUGUUUUGCAGAGCAGGUCAGAUGGGGAGAUAUUGAAAGACUCCGCUCACUACUCCGGCUGUCCCAUGAUGGAGGAGGUGCCCCCUAGACACCCCUGGUCCCCUGGGGAAAGAUCAGACCCCCUCCAGAUACACAAACAUAAAAACAGUCUCCCAGCCCAGGUAUCAGGGGCUGUCUCAGUCACUCGAGCAUGAUAAACCGAAGAUCAGGGUCAAAUUUUUGUGACGAUUCAAGACUUGUCGAUCGGCUCCCCUGUUUUGAUCACUCUAAAAUGGGUCUGUGAUCUAUAAUACUACUCCGUUAUCGCUUAUUUCUUCUGCUCCCUGUGCUGAUUUUAAUUAGAAGUAUUUGAGCUUCUGUGCUCGAGCUUAUAGUUUUAAGAGUUGAUUCUUUAGAAGAUAAUCAGGAUUGUAGACACGGAUCUUUUGAGAUGCUAGGGCCAAGGCUGGCUAACCUGCCUUGGAAGCUUUAAAUGCAAUAACGUGGGUGUUUGGUAUUCUUUCACACACGUGUGUAGAAAGCAUUACAUCUGUCAUACUGGAGUCAGCAAAUGAGGUGCCCAAGGGCCCCUGGAGGCCCCCACCCAGCUGCCCAGGGGCUGAGAUUUCAGCAGAACCGUAGCCCCUUUGAAGUCUGUCAUGGGUGUGGCAGCCCCUCAGGAAGCUUUUGUUUUGGCUGAGCCCACGGCACGUGGAAGUUCCCGGGCCAGGGGUCAGACCUGCGCCGCCACAGUGACUACAGCCUCAGCAGUGGCCUGACAAGGCCAGAUCCUUAACCAGCUUCGCCACAAGGGAACUCCUCAGUACGCUUCUGAUAAAGAAUACUCAGGCAGAUAAAAUGUCCUUCUGAGCUUUGCUUCAGGAGGAUCUGAGGAUGCGGUGGGGGGGGGGGGGUAGGAGGGGGAGGAGGAGGAGUGAAAAGGUAAAUAAACCACGAGUGGAAAAAUCCGAGGAAAUGUGAGGGUUCAUUGUAUUAUUCCUUAUACUGUGGCCAAUGUUUGAACAUUUUCUAUAAUAAAACGUUUAAAUAGUGAAACAAAA